UGUUGUUUACAUUUGGCUUGGAUGUGGUGUUGCUUCUUCUCUGCGCUCUCUGUGCGAAUCCUUUGCCCUGGUCCUUUCGUUUGGUUGGCGUGACGUGAGGUAACAUACACAAGAGAGAAAAAAAAAGAUAAGAAAGAGCAGACGCACACGAAAUUACAACACAAACGCUGCAGGUUGCGUUAAACAACUGCACGCUGCAAAUCCCCCGACACGGGAGCGGACCGCAGGAUGGCACAGGAACCGUGCACCGACUUUAAGAUGGAAUCGCUCGAAAGUUUCGAACCGCUGGUCAAUCCCAUCCGACAGUAUCGCAACCGAUCGAAGCGCACGCUGAAGACGGGCGAGGAGAAACUGGCGGAAGUGCUGGCAAAGAUCGCAUCGCUACAGAAAAGCACCGAAAAGACGGACGGCAUCGACCGGACAAAGGUGCGCACGUACAAUGUGAAGCUGCGGCUGCGGAAGAGUCUCCUGUACCGGUGCUUCGACUGUGGCAGUUGCUUCGCCAAUCCGGAUUUUCUGGAGCUGCACGAAAAAUCACACGCCGAGCAAGGCAAAUGUGAUAUCGAUCUGCGCCAGGAGCCGGGCGACGCGGAGAUGAACCUCAAGCAGAACGCAUGGUUUGUGGGCGAUUUCGGCGAGGAUGAGGAGGAGGGCGGCGAUGGGGAGCAUAUCGUGCAGCUUGACUGUACGGUCGAGGAAGGGGAGGACAUCUUUGACAUCACAUUCGAUCGUACCAAGUGCGAGAAAACGUACACGAUGAAGUACAAGGUGAAGAAGGAACCGGUCGGCAAGUGUGGCCACUGUUCGAAGCAAUUCUAUUCGGCGGACGGUUUGAAGCAGCACGAGCUCGAGCAUGAAAAGUUUCUCGACAUUGCAAACAUUGAACCGAGCAUUAACAUUAUCCGAUCGCCCCGCAUCGAGGAGAGCACCAUGACACUGGACGAUAGUUUUUACGAGGCGCUGGAUGUGAGCGACAUUCUGGAGCAUAGCAGCGGUACGAUCGACUGUACGGGCGAUGGUCGGCUUGCGACCGGCACAGGUAUAAUGCUCGAGUACCACAUCAUCCCGAGGCGAUCGGUCAGUGGCGAAAAGGAGGUGGUGCCGCAGGUAAAGGAACAGCAGCAAUCGACGAGGCAGGGGGUGGGAAGGGAGCAGGAGAGGACUGACGAUACACGAAUAGUCAAUCAACGCGAGUGCCAACCGGAGCUGGUAGUAGUGAAGCAGGAGCGAGAUGUGAUAAUUAAGGAGGAGCCUGUCGAUGAAGCGCACCAACAGCCAGUCCCGGUGAUGGCGGUGAAGCAGGAGAUUGCGGCCGAAGAAGUCAAGGUAGAAGCUGCCGGCGAUGAACCGUGCCAGGGUGGUUGGCUGCACACGGCCCAUAAGCAUGUAUGUUCGAGGUGUUCGAAACGUUUUCGCUUUCGGGUAGAAUUGGUCGCUCAUGAACGGAACCAUCUCGGCAUCGGUGCAUCGUUCCGGAAUCGGUUCUAUCCGUAGGCAGGCAUGCUGGGCUGAGAGAGCUGGCGCAAAAUUUCCGGUUUUUAAUCUGAAUGGACUCGCCGGCUUGUUGUGAUGAAAAUAGCCAAGAUCUAGGAUGGUGUAGAUCGCGCGGGGCGGGGAUCGAGUUCCGAUAGGGAAAGCUCCAGUACAUUACGUUCUCGCAACGUACAUUCAUAGGCGUAGUCUAACAACUGUUUUCCCUCCGGUGCGUGUCUCGUUCGCUCUAUUCGCAAGCACAAAACAACAACAAAAAACCCGCAUAAUACUCACAUACACAAGCUUUUUCGCAUUUCUAUUUUAUUUUAUGUUUCUUUUUUUUAAAUAAAUUUUCAGCAAAUUAAUAAAUCGAUUUCAAUGCUGCAAAAAA